CGGAUCGUUCGGAACGCGCUGAGCCCAAAAAAAUAAUAAAUAGAAAGAAAUCGUCGAGCGCCGAGCACAACGAGAAGCAGCGUCGAGACGGGGCACGUUAAACGGCACAAAGUGUAGUGUAGUUCUAGGCUUUAAGUUAUUUUCCCUUUUUUUUUUUGGGUUACUGUUUCCUCUUUGUUGCAAUCCUUUUGGCUUGUCACAGAAACACACGCACACCCACACACACACACACGCGCAGAGAUACAGAGAGCAACGGACAAACGGUUCUGCGAUUAUGUUUAUUGGCAGCGCGCACAACAACCAAAAGUCCAGCAAAUAGCGCAAUGCUGUCCAAUCCGAAUCCAACCUAGUGAGUACCUCAAUGCCACACGAAAGCAAACAAAAUGCAUUCGUGGUGCUAACAUCUAGAUAAAUUUCAAGUGCAAGCGCGCUGGGCACAUUCAACUGACCGUGUGAGAGCGAGCGAGUGAGACGAGUGGAAGGAGCACUGUUUGGGGCGCCAGCAGCGGAGAAAGCAUAAUCAUAGCAUAAUCGUGGGCAAGGAAUACGACAAUUAUUCAGGUUUGCGUUUGCGGCUCACACAAACAACCACAAAGACACCCAACGUAGAACUUAGCCACAGAUACAACACAGAUCUGACGGAUCGCAUUACUCAAUCAGUUAACGUAUUGUGAUUAUGACUUAUAUACCUAAAAAUAUGAAUCACUAUGCGCAUGCAGCCAUGAACCUGAUCAACAUGGACUCGGAGAAUCGGGUCGUGCUCAAUGUGGGCGGCAUUAGGCAUGAAACGUAUAAGGCGACACUGAAGAAGAUUCCAGCCACGCGUCUAUCACGUCUGACCGAAGCGCUGGCCAACUACGAUCCCAUACUGAACGAGUACUUCUUCGACAGGCAUCCAGGUGUAUUUGCACAAGUGCUCAACUACUACAGAACUGGCAAGCUGCAUUAUCCCACGGAUGUGUGCGGUCCGCUGUUUGAGGAGGAAUUGGAGUUUUGGGGUCUUGACUCGAACCAGGUGGAGCCUUGUUGCUGGAUGACCUAUACACAGCAUCGUGACACACAAGAAACCCUAGCCGUACUCGAUCGCUUAGAUCUGGAUACGGAAAAACCGUCCGAAGAGGAAUUGGCACGCAAAUUUGGCUUCGAGGAGGACUAUUAUAAGGGCACCAUCUCCUGGUGGCAGGAAAUGAAGCCGCGCAUUUGGUCGCUAUUCGACGAGCCAUACAGUUCAAAUGCCGCCAAGACAAUUGGCGUCGUUUCGGUGUUCUUCAUAUGCAUUUCAAUAUUGUCCUUCUGUUUGAAAACCCAUCCGGAUAUGCGUGUGCCCAUCGUACACAAUGUCACAGUGAAAACGGCCAAUGGCAGCGCCGCCUGGUUUCUGGACAAGUCAAUGACCAAUGCGCACAUCGCCUUCUUCUACAUAGAAUGCGUUUGCAAUGCCUGGUUUACGUUUGAGAUAUUGGUCCGCUUUAUCUCAUCGCCGAACAAGUGUGAAUUCUUAAAGUCAUCUGUUAACAUCAUAGAUUAUAUAGCGACGCUUAGUUUUUAUAUUGAUCUAGUGCUUCAGCGAUUCGCAUCGCAUCUGGAGAACGCUGACAUACUCGAGUUCUUCUCGAUCAUACGCAUCAUGCGUCUGUUCAAGCUGACGCGCCAUUCGUCCGGCCUGAAAAUUCUGAUACAGACGUUCCGGGCCUCGGCGAAGGAGCUAACACUUCUGGUAUUCUUCCUGGUGCUGGGCAUUGUGAUCUUUGCCAGUCUCGUCUACUAUGCCGAGCGCAUCCAGCCCAAUCCGCACAACGACUUCAAUAGCAUACCGCUGGGCCUGUGGUGGGCACUGGUCACCAUGACUACCGUUGGCUAUGGUGACAUGGCGCCCAAAACCUACAUUGGCAUGUUCGUGGGCGCCCUCUGUGCUCUGGCCGGUGUGCUAACCAUUGCACUGCCAGUGCCCGUCAUCGUUAGCAACUUUGCCAUGUACUAUUCGCAUACGCAGGCGCGAGCCAAACUGCCAAAGAAGCGUAGACGAGUGCUUCCCGUCGAGCAGCCGCGACAGGCCCGGCUGCCAGGUGAGCGCGCUCCAGGUGGCGUCAGUGGCUGUGGCACGCCAGGCUCUGGUCCACACUCCGGGCCCAUGGGCUCUGGGGGCACUGGACCGCGUCGCAUGAACAAUAAAACCAAGGAUCUGGUCAGCCCCAAGUCAGGUCCCCUGGGCGCCAGCAUCGUUGCGAUGAGUCCACGCACUAUGCUAGACUUGAAUCCGGCAUUGGCCAUGGGUAAGCCCACAUUUCAGCCACGUUUUCCAACCCAAUUGGCUGCCACUCCCCCCUCGGCGCCCAUAAUCCCUGUGACACUGGCAGCGAACGUAACGGCCACAGCUGCCGGAGCAGCAGCUGCAGCCGCAUCAGGAACACUGCCAGCGGUGCCCAGCAUAGCGGUGUCGACCACCGCCAGCAUGGGCAAAGAUAGCACCGCCACCGGCACCACCACCACCACCACCACCACCACCCUGGAGGCCAGCAAGAAGGCGUUCCUCUAAGAAGCCGGAGCGGACCGGAGCGGCACAUUUCUCAAGUCCCAUCAAGCAAUAUUUAGCCUAUAACCUAUUGUAACCUUCGCAUACGUAUAUGCCUACUUAUGAGUAAUUAUCAAUCUAAUAUCACGCGAACAACACUCCCAUAUCAUGACAUACAUAUUACUGUAGCUAUAUAAGUAUUAUUACAAUUAAUAAUCCAUUCGGCACUGCUUGGCAUUUUGGGAACAACAAAAGUCCAAAACGUUUUUAACUAUCAACUUUUUAGUAUUAUAUUUAAAUUGUUUUAUC